AUGUGUCAAAAUCAGACCUUCAUCACUGAGUUCAUCCUCCUGGGGUUUCCUGUUGGCCCAAGGCUUCAGCUGCUCCUCUUUGGGCUCUUCACCCUGUCCUAUGCCCUCACUCUGCUGGGGAACGGUGCCAUUCUGGGGCUCAUCUGUCUGAACCCCAGACUGCACACCCCCAUGUACUUCUUCCUCUCCCACCUGGCCAUUGUUGACAUGUCCUAUGCUUGCAACACGGUGCCCCAGAUGCUGGUGAGCCUCCUGAGUCCCACCAUGUCCAUCUCCUUUGCUGGCUGCAUCACACAGACCUUCCUCUUUUUGGUAUUUGCUCACACAGAAUGUCUUCUCCUGGUGGUGAUGUCCUACGAUCGCUAUGUGGCCAUCUGCCACCCCCUCCGGUACUCUGCCAUCAUGAGCUGGAGGCUCUGUGUCAGCCUGGCAGUGAUUUCUUGGAUUUUAGGAGUCCUCCUGGCCCUGGUACAUUUAAUAUUACUUUUGCCUCUACCCUUCUGUGGAUCUCAGAAAGUUAAUCACUUUUUCUGUGAAAUCAUAUCUGUUCUCAAGCUUGCCUAUGCAGACACCCACGUUAAUGAGAUCGUGGUCCUGGCUGGGGCAGUGUCUGUGCUGGUGGGACCCUUCUCCUCCAUUGUGAUAUCCUACAUUCACAUUCUAUGUGCCAUCCUGAGGAUCCAGUCUGGUGAAGGGCGCCAGAAAGCCUUCUCCACCUGCUCCUCCCACCUCUGUGUGGUUGGACUCUUCUAUGGCACCGCCAUUAUCACGUAUGUUGGACCCAGAUAUGGGAACCCUGGAGAGCAGAAGAAAUAUCUCCUCCUGUUUCACAGUCUUUUCAAUCCCAUGCUCAACCCUCUGAUCUACACUCUGAGGAACAAAGAAGUCAAAGCUGCCCUGAAAAGAGUGCUUGGAAAGGGAGGAAAUUCGUGA